UCUUUGGCUCCACUUCAGGACCCUCCCCCGUUGGAUGCGACUGCUUUCUUUCCCUAUCUCUCUCUUUCUCUCUCCACACGCUUUUAAUUGUUUAUACCGUUCGAAGACCUUUGAGCAAUUCGAACAAACGACACUUUUUUUCUCAAUUCCGUCCAUGGAAGUUGGUGUCUGACAGAAAUAUUCGAGCGACAAAUUCCCCGGGAGUUAUUGGCCGGCAAUGACGAUGCCGACCAUGCAGAGCUCCGUCGUCCCGCUGAUCGCCAGCGUGCUGAUUGGUCUGAGCUGCUCCCUGAACCCCAGAGACCCCAAUGUGUGCAGCCUGUGGGAGAGCUUCACCACCUCAGUCAAAGAGUCCUACUUGCAUCCUUACGACCAGGUGACAGAGGAGCCCUGUUCGGACCCUCGGACCGCCUACAGAUGCAUGCGCCACAGGAUCACCUACAAGACGGCCUACAGGCAGGCGGUGAAGACAGACUAUCGCAAGAGGUACCAGUGCUGUCCGGGCUAUUAUGAGAGCAGGGACAAAUGCGUCCCUCGCUGCACAAAGGAGUGUGUCCACGGCCGGUGUGUCGCUCCUGACCGCUGCCAGUGUGAGGGAGGCUGGCGAGGAGACGACUGUUCCAGCGCCUGUGACGACAAGCACUGGGGCCCAGGCUGCAGUCAGCAGUGCAAGUGUGAGAAUGGCGCGCUCUGCGAUCCCGUGAAGGGGACAUGCCAGUGUCCCCCGGGGUUCAUAGGACGCUACUGCGAGGACUCCUGUCCAGCAGGCACCUUCGGGAAAGGCUGCCUGCAGAGGUGCAAGUGUGGCACUGGAGGAUCGUGCGAUAAGGCAACAGGGGAGUGCUCGUGUUGGGACGGAUUCACUGGGACAUUCUGUGAGAAGGCGUGCCCAAGGAAAUGCCAGGCGCGUUGUCCCUGCCAGAACGGGGGUAUCUGUAGGGGCAAAGGGAUCUGCGCUUGCCCUCCUGGAUGGACGGGUGCGGUCUGUACAGAGCGAUGUCCGGAGGGAAGGUUUGGGCCAAACUGUGCCGAGGAGUGCGUUUGCCACAACAGAGGCAAAUGUGACCCUGAAACCGGACAGUGCCAGUGUGCUAAAGGUUUCACGGGUAACAGGUGCAACGAGGAGUGUGUCGCAGGCACCUACGGUCAGGACUGCAAAGGUGCGUGCGACUGCGCGAACGGCGCCCGCUGCUACAACAUCGACGGAGGCUGUCUGUGCGAGCCGGGCUUCAGCGGCCCACACUGCCGGGACAGGAUGUGUGCACCCGGCAAAUACGGCAUGCACUGCGAGCGCGCAUGUCUCUGUCAGGACAAGCACACGCUCAGCUGCCAUCCGAUGAAAGGCGAGUGCACGUGCCAGCCGGGGUGGGCAGGACUCUUCUGUAAUGAGACGUGCGCUCACGGUUUUUAUGGUCACGGUUGCCUGGAGCCAUGUCUGUGCGUGAACGGAGGGGUGUGCAAUAGCGCCACCGGUCGCUGUCAGUGUGCCGCAGGGUUCACGGGGGUUCAUUGUGAGAGUCCAUGCAAAAGCAGCACCUUUGGCAAAAACUGCUCCCUGGAGUGCUCCUGCGAAAACUUUGUGGACUGCUCCCCAAUCGACGGAACGUGCUUCUGCAAAGAGGGCUGGCAAGGUCUGGACUGUUCCACCCCCUGCUCGGAGAGAACCUGGGGCCCAGGAUGCAACGCCACCUGCCACUGCGCCAACGGGGCAAAAUGUAACCCUGCAGAUGGAUCCUGCACCUGCACAGCCGGCUGGCAGGGGCCUCACUGUGACCAGCCAUGCCCCAUGGGCACGUUUGGGCCAGGCUGCCUGAAGAGGUGCGAUUGUGUCCGUGCCGACGGCUGCCAAGCUGCCACCGGGGAGUGUCACUGUCUGCCAGGCUGGUGGGGUUCCCGCUGUAGCGAGCCAUGUUCCGAGGGCUUGUGGGGGCGCCACUGCAACCAGACCUGUUUCAAGCAUUGUCCCAACAGUGACACGUGCAUAAGGGAAACUGGAGAAUGUGUGUGUCGCCCCGGCUACUUGGGAGACUCCUGUCAGAACAAGUGCCGAGCAGGUAUGUACGGUGAGCAGUGCGGCAUGUCCUGCCCAUCCUGCGGACAGUCGUACCGCUGCCACCACGUGACGGGAGAGUGCGACUGCCUACCGGGGUACACCGGACUCAACUGUGAUCAAGUGUGUCCAGCUGGCUACUAUGGCAAACAGUGUUCUGAAGUGUGCGUCAACUGUGACAACAACUCCACGUGUGACCACCGGGACGGUCACUGCGAAUGUCUGCCCGGCUGGACUGCGACUGACUGCUCCAAACCCUGCAGUCCGGGACGUUUUGGCCCAUUCUGCGCACAGACCUGCUCCUGUCCGACCAACCUCAUCUGUGACCAAAUGACCGGAGACUGCGUCUGUGAAGGUGGAGGAGAUGACUGCAGACAAGACUCGUCUGAGCGGUCGGGGAGCGUCAUGGUUCCUCUUCCUCCUGGCGAGAGGGAGUCGUGGGGGGCCAUUGGCGGCAUCGUCGUGCUUGUCAUCCUGGUGGUGUUGCUGCUGGCUCUGCUGCUCCUCUACCGCCGUAGGCAGAAGGAGAAGCAAAACAACACACCGACUGUCUCCUUUUCCACCAGCCGCACCGUCAACUCCGAAUACGCUGUUCCAGAUGUUCCCUACAGCUACCACCACUACUACUCAAACCCCAGCUACCACACGCUGAGCCAGAACAGGCCUCCACUGCCGCACCUCCCCAACAACCACGACCGCACCAUCAAGAACACCAAUAACCAGCUGUUCUGCAGUGUGAAAAACAUGGAGCGCGAAAGGCGGGGCCUGUUCGGGGUGGAGAGCAACGCGACACUGCCCGCGGACUGGAAACACCAUGAGCCCCGCAAAGACUCAGGGGCUUUUGGAAUCGAUCGCAGCUACAGCUACAGUGCCAGCCUUGGAAAAUACUACAGCAAAGAGCUGAAGGACACGGUGGCGGUGAGCAGCAGCUCUCUGAACAGCGAGAACCCCUACGCCACCAUCAAAGACUUGCCAGGCCUACCCUUCUGCCCCCCGGAGAGCAGCUACAUGGAGAUGAAGUCGGCCGUGCCCAGAGAGCGAGCGUACACCGAGAUCAGCCCGCCGCCGUUCAACACGGCCACCUUGCACAGAGAGCGCCAGAGCUCCCUAGGCCAUGCUCCGCACGAGGACCCCCAGAGCCACUACGACCUCCCCGUGAACAGCCACAUCCCGGGACACUACGACCUGCCACCCGUCCGACGCCCGCCUUCCCCCUCCGCCUCGCCCAAGAGAACACCUCAGUGACACUUUUGGGGUGAAGGAUUUCUGGCCUGUGCUCGCAAAAAAGAAAGAGCAAACUUUAACGCUCCUCUCUUGACAAUCAGAGCUGCAGACCACCUACAGGGACACAACAGCAGCGUCUGUCCCACCGAGGAAUUAUUGUUUACUGUGGACGUCCUCCUGUUUUCAGCUCAACACUGCCUCUCCGUGGGGCUGAGGUGCUACUCGCUUUCACCGUGACAGACUUGUCAUCCAGCGUGUGGAGCCAGCUGGCUGCGGUGAGGAGGGCUGGAAUGUGGCUGCCAGCAAGGGGCUUUACAUCUGCAUUCAUCUCCCACGGGGAAAAAAAGAAAUAAUACAAUGUCACCAAAAGACUUGACGGUUGAAAGCAGCAACUUGGGGAAUGUUUCUGCGUUUUGAACUCAUCCAAACAUUCCGUCAUUGAAGUUUUUUUCCCCACUCAUUUUGCUUGCUACUGAUCAGCUGUUUGUACACAUUUAACACCCCUGUUCGUCAGAAAUCAUCAAAAAGGACAAAUGUUGUCAUUGUUCUAGUUUUUUUUUCUGGUCAGGUUUAAGUAUAUUGAAUCCCCAACCGACAGCUGUGACGUUGUCACAGUUGUCACAGCUGGACUUUAUUUUGAUCUGUUUUACUUGUAAAAGCCAGCUCCACCACAAAAAAAAGUAAUGGGACAUUUUUAAAGAUGUCCUCAGAUGCAUGGGUUCAUGUCUCACUGCAAACUGAAUUCUGAACAAAAUCCCACCAGUCUGCAUCUUUUCACAGACUUGGGAACCGAAAAUUCUUUCUUUAUUGCCGAUAGUCUGGAGAAGAAUCUGGAGGAGUCAGCUCGCUUCACGAAACUAUCAAUAUAAAAGGCAUUUUACAAUCAUCCAUAUAUCACAGUGGUUGUUGUUUUUGUAUUUAUUUUAUUUUUUUUACAAAUGUGGCAUUUAGAGACACAGGUAUACAUGUGUGGCUCACCUACAGCUGCUCUGUUGAAAAGGUUGUAAAUAUAGAAAUAUAUUCUUCGCCUCACAGAACAGCCCUAUUUCUGAGAUGAACAUGUUACAGGGUUUGUGGGACUAAAGUGAUCAUUUAAUUUUCCUUUUUUUUUAAGAUUUAACAAAAGGUCAGUGUCUGAGCACAGACACUGUUCAUGUUGUGAAAAAGAAACCAUUAUCCAAAAUGGGAAGUACAAGCCAAAAAUCAGAGCAGCAUUAUGAAUGUUAAUACGAAGUUCUGCGGCAGCAUUUCUUGUCUAUGUUGUUUAAAGGACACGUUCACCUGAAAUAUAGAAAGAGGUUGUGUAUAGACAUGCCCAUUGUUUUGUCCAUGUUUUGAGAUAACUGUCGCUUCGAUUCCCCACCAUGAGCAGUUUUUACUGGAACAAUCUUAUCAAAAAGUAUCAGCAACAACAAAAAAAACAAUCUGACAAUUUCCCCUAAAACAAAGAAACAAAACAGGGAGUUUGUUUUUGUCUUUUUCAAUGUUGUGGGCAUCACAUUAAAUUCCUUUUCACCUGGAAACCUGAAUGAUGAGAUGCUGCUUAACAUGAAAUGCGUGUUCUUGUAAUAUGGCUAAAUAGGACAUUUAAUCAGCCAAUUAAUCAUUUGGCCAAAACUGCAUUUAAAAAGCUAUGAACUACCACAAUCAGUUUUAUCAGCUGAGAAAGGAAUCUCAGCAGAUCUGCCUUUAAGUUUGUCACGAUUUCCGAAUUGUUUUUGUCAUCCAAGGUGGUGUUGCCUCGUUUGUAUAACAGACACCAUUUGUACCAGAGAGAAUGUAUGAUGUGCUUGAAAUGCAAUAGUUUUAGGCUGAGCUUCUGCUUGUUUUGUUUUUUAAACACAUGACCAUAUAUUUUUUAAUGUAACCAUGGGAACAUGCUGUGUAUAUAAUGUAAAUAAAAAUUGCUGCACCUUU